AUGGGUGUCGAACCUCCAUUCAUUUACGACCGACCCUCGACAUACACCUUUGGCGGACCAACCGAUCGUGGUUUCAAUCCCAAGGCGGCAACACACGCAUCAUGGGCACCCAAGGCUCAGAAACCAAAGCAGGAUGGGCCGCUGGUCGAUUUUAACAAGCACCCUGACUCGUACAUCGUCGUUCCUUACGGCAACCUGAAUGCCAAAGCAAUGCCUCCGAGUACCGAGAAGAUGAUCAUCCGCAGCCGGAAACUGCAGCUUCUCUCCCGCGUAUGCGCACUGCUCGGAGCUCUGGGAAUCCUGUUCUGCGUCAUUGCUAUCACAAAAACCUCAGCGACAGUUGGAUGGAUCAUACGAGGCGCUCCAGCGAUUGCCAUACUGCAUACCGUCUACGCCAUCUUCAACCUCGCGCGCGCCCCCACAAGCCGUACAGCAGGCUCGACAGCAAGCUACAUGAUUUUUGCCGCUCUGGUUGAUAGCGGCCUAAUUCCCUUCUGGGCCUUCUCGGCUUGGAUGGCGCAUGAGGAUUACACCAAGAACCAGUAUGGUUGGAGCACACUUUUCAAUGAUUCGGACCUGUCAUAUAAGAUUAUCUUCGCCUUCUUCCUGCUUUCUUGCAUUGAAGGCGGCUUGAUGGUCGUGUCUCUCUUGCUGGAUAUCUACUUGGGCAUGAAGUUCAGACAGAUUUCCAGGCUGCCUCCCGACAUGAACCCUCUGGAGCCGACCCUCACGUCGAGGCACAAGCACAAGAAGUCUGAGAUCACCGAGAAGAACAUGAGAUUUUCGGGAUUGGUUGCCGCGAAGCGAGAAUCGCAAGCCUCUAGCUUCAAGAGAGUGCCCUUCAUACAUACUCGCACCGAUUCGGCUGAUAGCGUCACACUCUACGGCAGUGAAGGUGCUCGAAAUUCCCGCCUCGAGCUCCGCAAGGAUCUGGACGAAUCGGGCAAGGAUCCAUGGCGCUGGUCAAGAAACUCGUCCCCCGAACGACCUCAGUCAGCGGUUGUUCCUUCGCCGACUUCUCGAGCUGCGGGUAGUGGCAUGGAUUUCCGGCCUGAGCGCUCGUCCAUGCUUAGUGAGAAGCCGUCGAGGCCAUCAUCUUGGCUGUCAUACCUUGAUUACGAAGGUGUGCCCACCCCCAUCAGCGACGACGCCAACGCAGAGUUUGACAACGACGUUCGGCCGGUUUCACCCGUUUCAGCAGUCUCCGACAAAGACGCCUCGUUCGUUAGAACGUCACGCGAACGUGCAAAUUGGUACAGUGGUUCGACAGCUCGCGACAGCCGGAUUCACCUGCCACCGUCUGCGAACCACAGUCCCGCUUUGUCGCACGCGCACACAGGAAGCAGAACCUCCCUCGCAAUGCCACCUCCCCCGUCUCCUCCCAAGAAGAGAAGCCGAGAACCGCUGGGCAUGAACCCUCCCACACCCACGCGUUCUCCCUUUGCCGACGAAAACGCCUAUACAACCCCCAUCAGAACUCCUAACUCCAACCGCGCAAUUCUGCAAGACACCACCGCCAAUAGUCAGGCCCGACCCGACGCGAAUCCUACCAAUUCCCGGCCCUCAAGCUUUGUCGGCUCCGGCGGCAAGCCCCGUUUCUAUGGCAACCUCGGCACUCCUGUCAGCGGCUCUCCACUCAACUCGCCGUCUCGCGCCCACAGCUACGAAAAGGGAGAAAUCAUCUCGGUCGUCCGGGAAGUCGAAGACAUGUACGAGCGGACGCGCACCAUGCAGACCGAGUCGGACUAUUCUGCGAAUUUCGAAGUCCACGGCUCCGAAAGCGACGAUGAGGAUGACGGAAAGCUGAGUGCACAUAUCGGUGCCAUGCACACCACUGCGAGUGCGACUCCGAGCCACUGGAAUGGCGUCCGACAGGCGAGCAAUUCCACCGGCUUUGACUUGAACAGUGGAUAUGCCGGGUUGGGCACCGAGUUUGGCAAAGGGAUGGGCAGACGGAGAGACGUUAGUGGUAAGGUUGCCGAGGAGGGGAGAGCGAGUCCGACGAGGAACGGGGCCGCCGGGUGGGAGCGGUUCAAGGGGUUGUAG